AUGAAGGAAGCAAAUAGAGAAGAAGACGAAGGAGAAAAAGAUCUCCUGGGAAUAGAGGUGACAAAAAACGGAAAGGGAAAUUUGAUUAACCUUGGAAAUGAGGAUGGAAGGACGGUGGAUGCAGGUGUGCGGCCUCGCCAGGAGGAGGGGUCUGCGCCAGGAAAAAGGGCCCAUGCCAAGGAGGAGGGCGCGUCCGGGGUCGGGCUCGGCAACUUCCUGGAGAUGGGGCCGCUGGACGUGGACCUGAAGCCGCGCAACUCGACGUGGCUCCAGAAGGCCGACCUCAUCUUUGUGGACAACCCGGUCGGCACAGGGUACAGCUACGUGGAGGACGACAGCCUGUUCGUGACCAGCGACUGGCAGCAGGCCGCGGACAUGACCACGGUGGUCAGGGCGCUGGUGAAGGAGGUGCCCACCCUGGCGACCAGCCCGCUUUUCCUGGUCGCCGAGUCCUACGGCGGCAAGUACGCCGCCACGCUCGGCGCGUCCGUCGCCCGGGCCGUCCGCGCCGGCGAGCUCAACAUCACGCUCGGAGGUGUGGCGCUUGGGGAUAGCUGGAUCUCGCCGGAGGAUUUCACGGUGAGAUUGGCCAUUUCUCGUGUCUGUGGACAAAUCGCAAAUGAAUGGACAGCACAGCUGAUCAAAGUGCGCUCUGGCUGGUGCAGCUCUCCCACACGCCGCUGCUCCUGA